GCACAUGAGACAAACCAACGUGGCUCCUGCCUUUGACAAGAAACUUCUGCAGCUAUUUAAAUGUAAUUACAUGUUCAUUAAAUAAAACAUAUUAAUAAAAACAAAGAAAGAAGCAGUUUGACAAGUGAAUCAGCUCGUUUUGCCGCCUCAGAGACGAACCGGCCGCUCAGUAAGUGCAUUAGCAGCGUUAGCGCACCGAUCGAGUAGAAGAGAAGCUGCAGGGUGGUCCUCGUCUGCAGCGAAGGUGUGUUUGCUCCUUACUGUCCUCAGGAAACAUGUUUAAAGAGGAUGAAGACUGGAAUGACGACCAGGACGCUCGAGUCCUGAGCAAAACCGUCCUCAAAAACACCCAGAAGGCGAAGAGCAGCACAAAUGUCAAGUCGAAGGUUGUUGGAAAGAAGAGCCUGCUGCGGACCCUGCAGACACUGGGAUCAGUACCAGACUGGAGGAGCGAUGACCAUCAGCAGGACAGCGACAGUGAGACAGAAGUGGCUCCACCACAAAGCAAGAGAAAGAAGAAAAGAAGGAAAAGGCAAAAGCAAGCAGAGGCAACAGAAGAACAGCAAGAGAACGGCGACUUAGAUCAGAUGGCUAAGGAGGAGAAACGUCCAGCAAAAAAGAUGAAGAAAGACACAUUUGGCACCCCGAAGGUAAAAACCACAUCUGAGAGCGAGACAAAGCGUAAAAAAAUGAUAAAAUCUCCAAAGGUGAACGUAAGCCAACCAGAGAACACAGUGCGACUGAGCAGACAACAGUGGAAAAACAAAAUGAAGAACAAGAGGAAAUGUAAAAAUAAAUACACACAAAAUAAGCCUGAGGGGGAAGUUAAUAAAGCGGAACCUGCAGAGAAACACAAACCAUAUAAAGAAGUCAGAACAGAGUCGUAUAGCAGCAACAGUGAAAAAAUCAGUAAGACCCCAGUGAAGGGGAAGGAAAAGGAACAUAAACCACAGAAAAGGGAAAAGACUGAAGAGGGCACUGACAUAUCCUGUCCAACAGGACCAGAAAAGCAGAUUGAAAAGGAGAAUAAAACAGAGGGUGGCAAAGGGGCCACACAGUCUUCUGCUGAUGCAUCAAAACAGAAAGCAGAGGAACCUAAAGAGAUCACAGACGAUCAGCAGCAGUUACCCGUGAAAAGACCGAAACCUGAGCUGAGCAGAGAGCAGAGUCUGAAAAGAGAGCGGCUCCAGAAAAUGCUCCGCAGCCGGGAAACGGACCGGCUGGAGGCUCCCGCGGAGACGAAAGACGAGCCGGCGGCACCAGAAGUGGAAGAGGUGAAACGGGACCGCUCCGCCUCCCUCAGGUCCCGCAUGGAGCACCGCCUGGAGUCGGCUCGUUUUCGCUACAUCAACGAAGUUUUGUACAGCACGUCCAGCGGCGACGCGAAGCGCAUGUUCAAGCAGGAUCCACAGGCCUUCUGGAUCUACCACAGAGGGUACACGGCGCAGGUCCAGAGGUGGCCCGCCAAUCCAGUGGAUGACAUCAUCUCUUUCAUUCGGCAAAGACCGUCCUCCCUCGUGGUUGCAGACUUUGGUUGCGGUGACUGUAAAAUAGCGCGCAGCGUGAAGAACAAAGUGCACAGCUUCGACCUGGCAGCAGCCUGCGAGCUCGUGACAGUCUGCGACAUGGCCAACGUGCCGCUUCGUGAUGCCUCUGUGGACAUCGCGGUGUUCUGCCUUUCUCUCAUGGGAACCAACCUGGCAGAUUUCCUAACAGAGGCCAAUCGUGUGUUAAAGAUGGGGGGUGUGCUUAAAAUAGCCGAAGUGGCGAGUAGAUUCGAGAACGUUCGGAGCUUCGUCACUGCACUGGCAAGUCUGGGAUUCAAGAUGGUGUCAAAGGACACAGAGAAGACUCAUUUCUACUCCUUUGAAUUAGUGAAGACGGCAGAUGCUCCAGAAAAUGUGAAGAAAUUUGGACUGCAGCUGAGGCCUUGUGUCUACAAGAAAAGAUGAAUUUAUGAGGAAGGACUUUGUUGGUGUUUGUGGUAUCUUCCAGCUUGGGUCUACUGCUUUUCCAAGCAGUAGUUGUACAUUUUUAUCUAAAUAUAUUGUUUUUGGUUGCUGCAUUUUGAAGCCUCUGUAACCUUUUUUUUAAAUCACAGCUUUGAUUUGACUUAUUGAGCCGUACAUGUUUUUUCGUGUAAAACAGGGCUCUGUGAUAUGCAUCAAUAUGCAUCAAUAUGCAUCAAUAUCCAAUAUAUGCAUCAAUAUCCAAGUAAAGCGUCCUUCUGUUGUCUCUGGGUUAAGAUGAUCCGUGAAUGAUGAAAACCUACAUACAUACAUUAUAUACAGGCCACCACUUUUUUUUAAAGAAAACAAGUUAAGCAAAUGGUCAGAUUCUCCUUUUACAAAAAAAUGUAAAAAGUGUAAAACAGAAUAUAUGUUUUAAGAAUGAGUCUUGUGACUGUAUGAUACAGAGCAUUUCUUUACACUAAAAGUAAUUAAUUACUCAAAUGAACUUUAAGAGUAAACAGAUCUUGGAGGGAUUUUGAUUGAGACGUAAAGGGCCGUGACUGAAACCUGAGUCACUCAGUUGUGUGUAUACUGGUUUGCCACAAGAGGGUGCAGCAGCACCACAACCUAAUGUACGUGAUAAGCUGAAGAUG